AUGCGUUGCUACUUCCGGAAUAAGAGAGAGAAGACAGUCAGACGUGUGUACGCAAACGGCCUACAAACGAUUGAUCCCGUGACAUUAAGACCGUUAAAUAAGUAUGCGGAUAAUAGGAUUAUUUCUUCCAGCUACACAUGGUGGAACUUUGUAUUCUUGAAUUUAUAUGAACAGUUUCAUUUUGUUUCCAACUUUACUUUCCUGUCACUUUCAUUCCUAUAUCUAUUUGCUCAAGGAGCCAUCAGUGCUUUUGCUUACGUUGUACCAUUUGUGUUUGCUGUGUUCAUAGCUAUGCUAAAAGAAGGAAUUUACGAUAUUUUUCGACAUAUUGAAGACAGACGGGUAAACAAUAAACGUUUCAGUGUUUUAGAGUUUGAUACAAAUAACAAUCAGCUCGUCUGGAUGGAAAGAACUUCCUCCUCGUUGCAGGUUGGUCAGAUCGUUCGCUGUGUCGCUGAUCAGGAAAUUCCAUGUGAUCUCGUUCUGCUUGCAUCUGAUGGUUGUAAGAGAGAGGUUCGCUUAACUACGGCAAAUUUGGAUGGCGAAACUUCCGUAAAGACGCAUUAUGCUCUGAAUAAAACUUUCAAAAACUAUGGGAAAAUCUUGUCAAUGUUUCCUAACGACAUGGGAAUUAGACACGUUACUCAGUUCAAACCAUUGCUGGUAGAGGUCACAUAUGAGGCGCCACGCGCCGACCUCAAUUGUUUUGAAGGAAACCUGAUCACGUCGACUUCCAAGGGGACCGAAAAUUCGACGCCCAUAUUGGUCGAAAACCUGGCUUUCAGGGGUGCGGUUGUACACAGUACUGGUGGCAUUCUGGGACUUGUCGUCUAUACCGGGGUGGACACAAAAUUGUCAAUGAAUUCCAAAAAGCGCGGUCGGAAAUACAGUUCCAGGGAGGACAAGUUAAAUUUUGUGCUCACUUUGUUCUUGGUCACAUCCAUUUUGUUGUGCGCGAUGGGUACUACCCUGGCGACCGUGUGGAGCACACAAGGAGCAAAUUUUCCGUGGUUUGUCUCUACCCGCCUGCCCACACGAUUUUCCUACGUGCGAACACUGAUUUCGUUUGCGUUCAUUGCAAACUUUUUGGUUCCCGUCUCACUUAUAAUUACAAUUGAGUUGCAAAUGCUUAUGAACUCCUACUUAAUCACACAUGAUCCUGAAUUUUUCGACCCUGAGAGAGGACUGGGGGGCUCGGCCAACUCAGUACACUUGGCUGAUGAACUGGGUCAAAUUGAGUUUCUAUUCAGUGACAAAACUGGAACCUUGACACUGAAUCAAAUGGUCUUCAAGGCGUGCAGUAUCUUGUCCGAUGAUGGUAUAUACGUGUUUGACGGUAAUGACGUCCGCCAUCUGAAGACUGAAGCAGGACAACCAUGUGUAAGAGUGACUGAGAUGCAACAGUCCAAUGUUUGGACAGAUGGCAGCGCACUUCCAGUCCACCUGAUGGAGUUUCUCACGGUGGUGGCUCUUUGUCAUACGGUAGAAACUCGACCAGACAUAAAUGGGGAGAGUGCGAAAUUUGCAGCUACAUCCCCGGACGAGAAGGCUCUGGUUGAAGGAGCUGCAAGGCUUGGUGUUUCACUGAUUUCCAAUAAGCCACAUCCGAACAUCCAAGGUGGGCGUCUUUUGGUGCUACAGAGGCAACUAAAGCAGGACGUCAAUGAUAAAACCUCAAAUUGUGGAAUCGGGACAGCUACCGAAGAGUAUAUUGUCGACGCUACUCUGGAGUUUGAUCCAGUCCGCAAGCAAAUGACCGUGAUGGUCCAACACCCAGAUGGGACAUUUCAUAUUCACAGCAAAGGUGCCGAAACUGCAAUUCUGGAAAAAAGGACAAGCAGCCGCUCCACAAACCCUCUCCACUCAAAAGCUUUGGAACAGGUGAAUGAGUUCGGCCUAAGUGGUCUUCGAACUCUGGUGUAUGCAACAAAGCAGAUCACUCGUGACGAGUAUUACGCACUCCUGCGAGAACGUCAACAGGCACUGAGGCAGUUUGGAGAGGCUAGAGUUCGGGCGUUGAAAGCAAGCAACGACAACAUUGAAUCUGGUCUGGAACUUAUAGCCGUUACCGGGGUGGAGGACACACUACAGCCUUGUGUGAAUGAGUGCCUGCAGAGCUUAAAAACAGCCGGUAUAAAGGUUUGGGUGCUGACUGGAGACAAGGAGGAGACGGCAAUCACAGUAAGCCAGGCAGCUGGACACUUUGCCGAAUCAACGACGCUGCUUCGCAUAACCGGCUGCAGGGAAUUCAACGAAGCAGCUGAACUAGUGUUCAAAAGCCUACGUGAGGUUGACUCCGAUCAUGAGCAGCGUUAUGCGAUGGCCAAAAGUCCACUCAGUCCCACAUUGGACGAAAUCGGCGAGGUGGUCUACACAGUGGCAGAACAAGAAAUCGAAGAAUACAACAUAUCGAACCAGGCAAAGUAUGACCAAAGCACUUUGAAAAGAAGUGUGAGGAAAAUACAAGCCUUUUGGGACAGGCUGUUUGCAUACACUCGUGGAAGCAAUAACCCCCGGGUGCCAAAACGCAGGAUUCCUCUCAAAAGUGGAGCCGCGGAUGAAACAUUUAGCUUGGUAGUCGAUGGAGAAAGCCUAAAGCACGCACUGCAUGCAAGUUUCACAUUUUCUGAACCUUAUUGCUCCUAUUGGCAAAUACUUCCGUUAGCUCUCAGUCCUUCGCUAAGGAUGGCUUUCCUGGAUCUGUGCAUGAACGUCACCGCUGUUGUUUGCUGUCGUGUGACACCUUUGCAGAAGGCUUCGAUUGUACAACUCGUUCAGCUUGGAUUGGGCGAAUCGAAUCACGGAGCUGGUCCUGUUACCGCUGCUGUUGGAGAUGGGGGCAAUGACGUAUCCAUGAUAUCUCAGGCAAAUGUUGGGAUUGGAAUUUACGGCGAGGAAGGGAGAGAAGCCACGCGGGCUGCAGAUUAUGCCCUGCCGCAGUUUAGGUUGCUGAAAAUUCGUCGACAGCACACGAUCGGUUUCACCCUUCUAGGGGCUCAUCAGACAUGGCCCAGUCGUGCCCUCGAUGGCGCUCGUGCAUCCAAGCUAUUGCCUUCAGUGCCUAGCUCACUUCCCAAUCCCCCACUUGACAACCCACUGACAAUUCUGGAUUAUCGUACCAAUUUAUCAUCUCUCCCCUGUAAUAAGCAGCUACCAACCCCCCAACCCCAAAAUCAUCGACAUCUCCAGCGGCUUCUUCUUGUACACGGUCACUGGUGCUACCACCGGAUUAGCUACACGAUGCUCCUAUACUACUUCAAAUGUGUCGCCUGGGUGACGCUCAACAUAAUAUUCACUUUCUACUCUGGAUUCUCUGCAAAUAGUUGGCAUUCCAGUCUGAUAUUUGCAUUGUACACAUUGACUUUAACGGCGGUACCAAAUUUAUUUUUCGGGAUUUUCGAAAGGCACAUUACCGCUGAUCAACUGUUGGAGAAUCCGAAAUUUUAUCGAUCGGUAGGUGUUAUGGCCUUGAUUUGGCAUUCCAGUCUGAUAUUUGCAUUGUACACAUUGACUUUAACGGCGGUACCAAAUUUAUUUUUCGGGAUUUUCGAAAGGCACAUUACCGCUGAUCAACUGUUGGAGAAUCCGAAAUUUUAUCGAUCGGUAGGUGUUAUGGCCUUGAUGUGGGUUCACUGGGUUGGUUUAAGGCAGUGGUAUAUAGCACCAACCCUUGUCUCUCAAAUCGGAAUGGAGAGAGUGGGCAUCCCUGACGGACAUCGAUUUGUGUAUGGAAACUUUUGGAGAGCUCUCCGUACACUCUCACACGUCCGGAAUUCUGAGAAUACAAAGAACGUGUUAUGUUUACAAACUUCCGGGGCAUUCCUUGGUGGGCAAGCGUCUCAAGAAGAACAGACCGAUCAACUGAGUCGAAUGUGCCUCGGAAAUCCAGGAAUACUAAAAUCGUGGGAAACUACUCACAAGGUUGCCGAAAUCUCUUUGACAGCCCACGACCGGUUUCACACUUUUUGGAGCUCACCAGGUAGGCACAGUCCCGGAGCUUCCGUCAAUCUUAUGAUCUACUUGAACCCAAAUUGGACUCUUUUCGAGAAAUUCACUCAUUUGAAAAGCAAUUUGGGUUUCACGAGAGACUCAACUGAAUCUCUGCCUUAUCAUAUUCUACAACUGAAUAUCUCCCGAAAUGCAAAUCUUCGUCUGUCAUAUCUUAUUCUAUUCGUCUUGGAUGGAAUAUGGCAUGGUUUGGUGAUAUUCUACUCGGUCUCCCUGUUUCUUGCUGGAGGUGGCUACUUCUCCGAAGCCAUUUUCAUCGAUUCACUGUCAAAGGGGAAUCACUUCGACAUCAGUCUUUGCGGGGGUAGUUCCAUGGUCUACGUGAUCGUAAGUGUCAAUCUUCGAGUGAUCUUCAUGUCACGUGACAUAAAUUGGCCUGUCGUUGGAGGAUUCAUCUACACUCUGGUCUUCAAUCUGGUGCUUAUCAUGGCCAUACAGCUUCGAUGCACGAGCGCCAUUGAGGGCGCGNCUCUCUUCCACCCUUCACGUGGUUGUGCGAAAAGAGCCCUUCGAAGAAGUCGGUCGACUGGCAUACGCAACACGUGGCCAAGCCAGCGCAACCUAUGCAGUGUGGUCAGUUCAUCUAUCGAGGGUGUGUUAUUUCUCCAGAAUACCAUUCGACUACCUCCAUCGAGCCCGGACUAUCUAACUUACGUGAAACUAAGCCAGUCUCCAGCAUUUUGGCUCGCUCUCCCCAUUGCUGUAUUUGUCGCGAACCUGCCGGCGCUGCUCUGGCGUGCAUACUCGGACAUUUGGCUGCAGACGUGUGCUCAGACCGAGAUGCAAGGCGUUGAGGCAAAACAGAAAACCCAACGGACCAACUCCAGAGGAAGGAGCUUGCGGUUUUGGUUGGACAAGGAUAGAUGGAACGAAAGUAACCUCUGUUUCCAAUCACAUGACGCUUAUUUCAGCGGGGAUUCGCUUCGUCUCCGUGAGGUUGUAGAAAAUAGUAAGCGUUAA